AUGUCAGGCUUCAACAGAAUCAAGGUGGAGCACCCAGUGGUGGAGAUGGACGGGGAUGAAAUGGCGCGGGUUAUCUGGGCAUUGAUCAAGGAGAAGCUGAUUCUGCCGUAUCUCGAUAUUCCGCUGAUGUACUACGACCUUAGCAUUGAACACCGUGACAAGACCGAUGACCAAGUCACUGUGGACGCUGCGCUCGCGAUCAAACGCCAUGGUGUGGGUGUAAAGUGUGCGACAAUUACGCCUGACGAACAGCGAGUAAAGGAGUUCAAUCUCAAGAAAAUGUGGAAGUCUCCAAAUGCGACCAUUCGUAACACAUUGGACGGAACAAUCUUUCGUGCGCCGAUUCUGAUUAGCAACAUCCCUCGCCUAGUCCCCUCGUGGACGAAGCCCAUCAUCAUCGGCCGUCAUGCUCACGCCGAUCAAUAUAAAGCUGUCGACUUCACCGUGGACAAGCCGGGUCGCUUUGUGAUGACCUUCGUACCUGCUGAUGGAGCAGAGCCGCAGGUGCACGAAGUAUACGAGUUCAAGGGCGGCGGCGUUGGCGUCGGGAUGUACAAUACUGACGCCAGCAUCACAGGAUUUGCCCAUUCCUGCUUUCAGUAUGCAAUCGACCAGAAAAUGCCUCUCUACUUAAGCACGAAGAACACCGUUCUUAAGAAAUAUGACGGCCGGUUCAAGGACAUAUUCCAGACCAUAUACGACAAAGAGUACAGGCAGAAGUUUGAACAAGCGGGAUUAUGGUACGAACACCGCUUGAUCGACGACAUGGUCGCUCAGGCGAUCAAGAGCUCCGGCGGGUUUGUCUGGGCAUGCAAAAACUACGAUGGCGACGUUCAGUCAGACGUCGUUGCCCAAGGCUAUGGCAGCCUCGGCUUGAUGACGAGCGUCCUCGUCAGCCCGGACGGCAAGACAAUCGAGGCAGAGGCAGCGCAUGGCACUGUCACUCGGCACUACCGACAACAUCAGAAGGGUCUUAAGACAUCAACAAAUCCCAUAGCUUCUAUUUAUGCUUGGACCAGAUGUCUUCUUCAUCGGGCAAAACUCGACAACAACGAGAAACUAGCGGAGUUUGCGAAGGCUUUGGAAGAGGCGUGCGUCGAAACAGUGGAGGCAGGCUUCAUGACGAAGGAUUUGGCCCUGGCAGUAAAAGGUGACGGAGUAACAGACAAGGACUACUUGUGCACCGAAGAUUUCAUGGACAAGCUCGCACACGUGGCUGAGCGCAAGCUCCUCGAGCGGAAAAUUAUUACGAAGGCAUAG